AUGGCCUCAACAGCUGAACCACUUCCUUAUAGUUCAAGAAGAAGAGACGAGUCAGAGUUCAAUUUGAGAGAAUGGACAGUGAAAGCUCGAAUCAGCCGUGAGAGCACCAACUCUAGAAGGUACUCAGGAUCUUACAUGAGAAGCUUUAGAGAAGACACAAGGUCAUUUAGAUCAAACAUAACCGUUUCUAGCACUGCUUCCUCACCCGGAUACCCCUUAAAAGAUGAAAUAGACCCUUCAACAUAUUCUUUCACUACUGCGCUUAAAGCAUUGCAAGCAAGGGCAGCCUAUAACAGUUGGGAAUGCUCAUCUCCAGACGGGUUUGCUUUAAAUUCUAAGUGGAAUGAAGCAGAAAGGUAUAUAUGCAACCCUCUCUCAGGGGAGGUACCAUUGGAGUGUUUAUCUGCAAAAACUCUUAGUGGAAGAUCUUUCAGAAACUCAAUAAACAGAAUUGCCAUGUCUGCUCCUCUAGUCUAUUCCUCAAAACACAUUCCAACAAAGCCAGCAACUUACACACAAGAAGAAGUGGCUCUUCAAUUUCCCAAUCCAGAAAAGAAGAAAGAGGGUAUGACAAGAGAUGUGGGUACUCAAAGCACACCUGCUUAUCUUAGUUCAAGCAGUCCCAGCCCUGCUUCAACUCCAUCCAUCAUGGAGAGAUCAAAACCUCCACCUGAUGACUCACCUAAUUCAAAUGCAAAAACAAAAUCUGAGGAAGAG